AUCAGCAGCAGGAGCAGUGAGCAGAGCUUCACAUCUACACCAGGAAACUACAAACGCUUAAAGCACCUGAGGGCAUUUAAAAGAGAUGUUUUUUGAUGAACCAGGAGAGCUGAGGUGCAGUGAUUUGGAGGUGCCACUGCUUACAUCAAAGAGUCUAAAGGAAGUGGUCAUGUUGCAUCUCAAGUAUAUCACAGAAGAGCAGUGGGCGUUGCUGGCGGGAGGCCAGGUGGAUCCUGACACGGCCCUGCUGCUGUCUGUCCUGUGUCUCAACAUCGUAGAGAGAGUGUACAACUUGGUCCUGGAGGUUGUGGCCUCUCAGGUUUAUGACUGGGCUUUGGGCCAAAGUUCCGAUGCCAGGGCCAGCGGCCACAGCAGCGCUUCUGUCCCAAUGAUCGAGAUUGAAUCUCCACGUCAAGAGUGGAACUUUCACACCGUGACAGAGGAGGAUAUGCAAGCCAGCCUCGGAGAUUCACUUCACCGAUGUCUUGGAGAAACGUUAGACGUUGCGUCGGAGAGGUCGGACCACUCCGAACAACUGCUGCUGCUGGUUGCAGAAGAAGUGGCCAACAAGGUCAACCGCAAGCUGGCCGAUGUCACGCAGACAAACUCCUCCAGACAACUGGAGGUAUCAUCGGAAUCUGCUCCUCUGGAUAUGGUGCACCAUGUUGCCAAGAUCCUGGAGAGUUGUCUGGCCCAGAACUUCACAUUAAAGUCCACAUCCAGUCCAAAUGAGGACAGCAUGGAGGAGGAAUUCAGCACAGACGUAACCGAAGGCUCUCUGACCCCAGUGAGUCCAUCCAGUUGGGAAAAGGAGUUCUCGCAGGGAGAGAAGAUCUUUGUCGCUGUGUUCCUGAGUAAGUUGCUGGACCACCUCGCCCACUCCACAAAUACAUCAUUACUGGACUUGGACCUUGAUAGAGCUUUCAAUAAUCUGAAGAAGACUUUGGGAGGAACAGGUUUCACUCUGCCACAGACUGUUGGAAACCUCCACAGGACCAUCUUCACGAAGCUUUGUCGAGAGUUUGGAUCGGCAAAGCUGCUGCGGGCCGCCGCCGUGUCCGGAGGUACGGCGUUCGGGGAGGCGGUUGCCAGGGAACUAAAAGGGCAGCUGCAGAAGGCUUCCCGAAAACCCCUGAGCGUCGUUGAUAGACUAAGGAGGUAUUUCAGAAGAAAGAGCAGCAAACUAGCUCCAGCCUGUGAAGUCAGGACGUUCUCCGUCAAGACCCGGGUUCUGGGGAGGCUCUUCACCUGCCACUGCGGUGGAUCAGAGGAGGACUAACUCAAGAAUCACCCUUUUUGAUAAACAAUUCUUCUCUUAAUGAU